UAAAAUUUUUGUCACAACACGGUAAAAAUCGAAACACAGCAGAUAGUUUCAGAUAGUGUCGUGACAGUUAAAUUUUUUUUUUUUGGUAUUUUCUAUUAUUUUACUUCAUUUAAUGAAACAAAAUUUUCGCGAUUAUUGUGUAUUUGUUUUCGAAAGACGUUUACGAAUAAUAUCACAAAUAAAUUAACAAAUCUACCACGAAUUCAUUAAAUAUAUGAAAACAGUUAAAUUCCAACCGCCGUAAUGCAUAUGAACAACAAUAACGCCAUACCGCCGAUGGGCGACACCAUACGGGAUCUUUGUGCGAAAUUACUGAAAGACCGUCAGCGACGCGAAACGACGGUGGGACAGAAAAAGAAACGCACCGUACGCAGCGCAAUAAUUAGUGACGAUGCACCACCGCUCAUCAUCAAAAGUCUCGUGGACGUACAACCACCAACGACGCGACUCGAUACACAACACAAGAACAACGGCAGUCGACGCUUGGAGACCUCAUUGGAUCAAAUCAUACAGCAGUUGCAACGUGGCAAAUGGCCAUCGGAUGUGGUGGUGCUCAUCACACCCGCCAGCAAACACAAUAACCUCUACAAAUUGCAUGUGAUCGAUCGCAAUAAUGAGGGCCACCUCGGUAUGACCAGCAUCACGAAGCAAGAGUUAGCUGAAUUGCGUGCGAGUAAUGUGUUUGAGAAGUACGCAACAAUUGUGGGUAAUAAGUACAUAGACUUGAAGACGGUGACACUGAAUUCAGCCAUCAUAGCGAAUAUUAUGAAGAAUCUGAAUGGUGAUUGUUGUCAGCAACCGAAUGGCGAGCUGCCACUGGCAGUGCCACAGUCGAAGCAUGAAACUAAAGAGUUGGUAGCGCGCAAAAGUAGCUCAGAUGUAGAUCUAGAGUUGGAUGAACCAAUGGCGCCGCGAGCGCGACGUCGUGGCACGCAAUCACGUGAUAUUAGUCAAUAUCAGACGAAGAGUGGCAUACGUCUUAUGGCGCUAAUCGAACGCAUAAACGAUGCUAUAGAACCGUCUUAUACAGAUUUACUACAUUUCUUCGAUCUCGCCGACGCAUACAAGUUCAAAAUCUAUAUACGUCCAGAGUUGUGUUGGAAGCCGCCACCACCACAUCACCAAACGUCAGCUUAUAAUAAGGAAAACGAGAACGAUUUAGUGCGUUUCAAUGUCGAGUGUUUCAUGCUCUUCGAUAAUUAUGUUUGCACCAUUGCGCUUAACUCAUUACAGUUGCAUCAACAGUUGAAAUUGCAUCCGGCUCUCUUGCCACGUGUGCAAGUGAUCGAAGAUGUCUGUGAGAUCACACCGCUGCCGAAGUGGUUGGUCACGGUUUUGCGCUCAUUGGCCGAAUGGCUUGGACUUGAGAUGUUUUACGAUGCAUUUGGUGAAUUUGUUUUCGACAUGUAUAAGCAGGUCACUUGAGGCGGAUGGAGUUUGACGAUGUGUAGAUAGAGCUGUAGAACUAACUGUAAAUGAUCUAAUAAAAUUAUAACAAAAUCAAAAUCUGAAAAUAUAUUAACUAUCCUGUGGAAAUGUCUUCACGUUGUAGAUGCAGAUUCAGUGAUACAGAUAGUUCUAUAACUGUAUCUUCAGACAGCUUGGAUAAAUCUGAAAUAGAUAUUAACCAAGCCUUCACUUUAUAGAUGUUGUAAUGAUACUGUCAGACCUAGCUCUAUGACUGGAUCUUCAGACUAUCGAUGGUCUCGAUGUAAAUUUCUUUCAUUCUAUAUAUUUGCCAAAAGUUCUCCAAUGUGCUCUUAUUGUAAGAGACCAAUGUCUUUCCAGUAACUACCGUGGGAUUCCUCAUAUACUAACUGUUAGCUAAAACUUUGGAUUCAUUUUAACUGUAAGAGACCCUUACCUUUCCAGUUUCCUUUGGUAACACUCGUGAUAUUCCUCAGAUAAUAACUGUUAGCUAAAAUUUUGGAGUAAUUUUACCAAUUCCUGUAUACCAGGAGUAAUUUAAAAGCUGGCUCUGUCUCGAGAUUAUGAAAAUCUAUAACAACAAAAAAGUACAGACUUUUUUUUGCAAAUCCAAUAAUUUUUAUUAACAAAAUACUUAAACGAAACAAAAAACUAGAAAUCAAAACAUGCGACACCCUUAAUUUAUAUCACUGCUGUUGUCCAAAUAUGAAAUUGUUAUUGUUGGAAAUCAAUAAACCAUAACCACAGCCAAGUCAGAAAACGUAAGAUGAAGGUCAAAAGGUCAGCUUCCAAUUCGGCUAACCAUAGUAGACAUAAGGAUAGGAGCCCACAGCUGG